AUGUCAUCGCUGUGGAUCAUCAACAAGGCGGGCGGGCUCAUCUACCAGUCCGAGCACUUUGUCCACCCGGACGCCGCCUCGCUGCCCAACGGCGGCCGCCUGUCGUCCAACGAGUACCUCGUCCUCGCCGGAACCCUGCACGGCAUCCACGCCAUCACCGCCCGCCUCAAUCCCGUCGCCGGACGCAAGUGCUCCGGCCUCGAGAGCCUCGAGGCCGACGGGUUCAGCAUACGCGUCAUGGCUACCGCCACCGGCACCAAGUUCGUCCUCGUCACGUCCCCUGCGCAUCCCAACCCGCUCGGCGUGCUGCAAAAGUGCUACGAGGCCUACGCAGACCAGGUCAUGAAGAACCCCUUCUACACACCGGAGAUGCCCGUCCGGGUGGAAGGCUUCGAUCGAGCCGUAGAGGGGCUCCUCAAGGUGUGA